CGUCAAACAAUUGAUUUUCAAACCUUCAUUCCUAUCACUAAUCCUGCUCGUCAAACUCUUAUCUAUUUACCGUUACCGGCGUUGCCUCCUCCUCAUCAUUGUACUAAUCUUUUCAAGGCUGUUUUCAUUUCUACGCAUGUUGACAAUGUUGCUGUCAUGCUGAGAGCUGCAGCUGCAAAUGGCAGUGACCAGCAGCAGCAGCAGCAGCAGCAGCAGGCAACAUCAGCACCAGCACCUGACCACCACCAACUGGAAGAAGAGCUGGAGGGCCAAAACAUUCAGCACCUUCAAGAAAUUGCAGUGGUGUCCUCUGGCUCUUCCUCUUCUGCAUCUGGUGUUGGACCUCACAGACUUGUGCCAGGAAUCAUUACAUCCAUCAGUGGACCACCUGCUGCUGUUGCCAGAGGAUACUCUAAUACCACAACCACCACCACCAUCAACAACCCACUGUUGGCAGGACUGUCUGCCCAUCAUCACCAUCAGCAACAGCAACAACAAGGAGCCUGGAGCAGUUGGUCAUCAAGAGGCAGUUUGUUGGACAUAGUCACUAGCAAACUCACUCCAACUUCAGUAUCCUAUCAUCAGAACCUUGGCACCAGCUCAAGCAACUACAAGAAGAGGCUUUCCAGGGAGUCCUUGUUGUUGUCUAUGGCCAAUAGUGGCAGUGCUGGGAACAAGCAACUUGCUGUGGUAGCACCUGCUGCAAGCACAACUGACAGUAUUAGUGGGAAACAGCAACAGAGGCGCAGAGUGCUGCUUGGAGGCCAGUCUGGGGCUGGGCCUGGAAGUCAUCAGCAGCAACAACAGCAGCAGUUUCACAUGGCCAACAAUGGGUCCAUUAACAAGUCUGCAGCUGGCCACCUGGGCCACCAGCAACUCACCUCAGGAGCUGCUGGCAAGAUCCCAAAUAGACCCUGCAGAUGGACCUUUGUCUUUGACCCUGCUGGCAGGCUGUGCUACUACUGGUCUCUUGUUGUCUCUCUGGCCUUCCUUUAUAACUUCUGGGUGAUCAUGUACAGAUUUUCAUUCCAUGAGAUUGAGUUGGGAACAAUGGGCCUGUGGCUGAGCUUGGACUACCUGGCUGAUGCCCUGUAUGCCCUGGAUGUCUUGGUGCACUUCAGAACUGGCUACUUGGAGGAUGGUGUCUUGCAGACUGAUUCCCUCAAAUUGCGCCAGCACUACAUGAACUCCACUACUUUUUAUGUGGACUGCUUGUGUCUCUUGCCUCUGGAUUUUCUCUACCUUUCUAUUGGGUUCAACAGCAUGCUGAGGCUGUUCAGGCUGGUGAAGAUCUACAAGUUCUGGGUGUUCCUGGACAGAACAGAAAGACACACCAACUACCCAAAUGUCUUCAGGACCUUGAGUCUCUUGCACUACCUCUUGGCCAUUUUCCACUGGAAUGCCUGUCUUUUCCACCUGGUGACCAAGGGCUCAGACUUUGGUGUCAUCAAAGGGGCAGCAGGUGGUGACAGUACAGGGAAGGCUGAUGAGGACUUUGUUUUGGUCUACCUCAAAAGCUACUACUGGUGCACCAUUGCCCUGACCACUGUUGGAGGACUGCCCACUCCAAGGACCAGAGCAGAGUAUGCCUUUGUGGUGGCCCAGUUGCUGUUUGGAGUCAUGUUGUUUGCAUCUGUGCUGGGCUAUGUGGCCAACAUAGUGACCAAUGUGUCAGCUGGCAGGAAGGAGUUCCAGGCAAAGUUGGAUGGAGUCAAGACUUACAUGAGGCUGAGGAGAGUACCAGGACACCUUCAGGGCAAGGUGGUGAGAUGGUUUGACUACUUGUGGCUGACCCACAAGUCCUCAGAUGAAGAGAGGGCAGUGCUGGCCACUUUGAAAGCAGGAUCAUAUUUUGGGGAGAUUUCAAUCCUGAAUGUUGGGCCAGCUGGGAACAGGAGGACAGCCAGUGUGAGAUCAGUGGGCUACAGUGACCUGUUUGUCCUCAACAAGAAGGACAUGUGGGAUGUGCUCAAGGAUUACCCUGCUGCCAGGGUGCGGCUGGAGGCCAUAGCUGUAAAGCGCCUGGAAAAGUACAAGAAAGCUCCUCUAGAAAGAGGCAAUCACUCCACGCCGGGACUGGUGGAGUCCAGGGGCAGGACGCCUUUGGCCGGCUCGGUCGAGGACAUGCUGAUGAUGUCCGCAGCAGCGGCGGCAGCAGCCAACAAUGGCGGCAGUCAUCACGGCGGCGGCGGCGACGACGACGACGACCAGCAGCAGCCACAAGGCGCCGCCCUCGCCAGCAGCAGACGCCAGGCGCUCCUGGCCAAGAUGCUCGAGUCGUCUGCUGGCGGUGGUGGCCACCUGAGUCUCGGCGGGUCGUCCGGCUUCAGGGGCGGCGUCGGGGGCGGCAGUGUGAGGAUCUCGAGCACCAGAAUGCCGCAGUCCUCGUCGGCGUCCAUGACUGUCACGAGAGGCGGCUCUGUGCGGUCGCACUUGCAUCAGCCGUCCAAUAACAGCAGUGGGGAAGAUCGGGAAGCAACAGGUUUGGAGCAAAGGCGGUUCUCCACGUCCGACAGUGGCAAUGGAGGCCGCCAUGUUCCGCACAGGCGACUGUUGCGAGAAGACGACAACGACCUGGACGACGAGCUCCUGCUGCUCCUGUCCGCACCGCCUUCCGUCUCUUCCCACCAGCCCCAGGUGUCGCCCUCUGUCGCGGGACGCCACCGAAGAACACCCGUCGACAGCAGAGUCAUCGCUAUGGAGGAAGAUGAUGAUGAUGAUGCUGUUGCUGGUGGUGGUGGGGGUGGUCAGCUCAAUUCCAGCAGGGAGGAAGAGGCCAUGAGAUGCAGCAGUACAGCAGCUGUGCUUGUGGGACGUAGAGCGCCACCUGCAGGACGACACACCGCAUCCCUGCACCACCAACACCAGCACCACCACCAGAUGUCGGGCCAACACCGACGUCCAUCUGUCCCCAAUGCCGGUGUCCCGCCAUGUGCAGUCACCUUCCUACAACAACUGGCUGCUGGUGGUGGCAGCAGCAGUUGUGGAGGCACUACUUCUGGCAAUGGACUAGGGCAUCAGCAGCAGCAGCAGCAUCAGCCACUGCCGUCCUCAGUGAGUCCCACACACCGGCUAGGUGUCACUUCCAGUAGUGGGUUGAGCAUAGCGCCACCUGCUGGUCCCCUUGGAGCAGCAGCUGCUGUGGCAGCUGGAGGCACCUCAACCCCGCAGGACGUCCUUUUAGCAGAAAUCAAGCGCCUGAGGGAACGCCUCCAAGUCCUGGAGUCUGAGAAUGCCACCAUGAGCAUGAAGCUCAGCCAACAGCAGUGGGAGGUGGAACAUAGAUUGGCUGAGAUUGAGAUGCAGAUCUGUGGUCCAAGUUCAGAUGAACUCACAGACAGUCAAGAUGAUGAGGAGAGGAACCAGGAGUCUGCCAUC